AGGUCGGCAGCACAUUUCAUCUCAUCUACUGUGCCGCGCUGAGCUGCGUAAACUCCUAUAUAUAUUGUGCCGGUGAUUUUUCUUUCUUUUCCCCGUCGAUGUAUAUUACCCCCUGCUUCUUUGUAUAGGUAAGGCCGCUUUGGAAUAUUUUUCUCCGCUAUCCUCCUCCCCCUUUUUUUUUGGGAGGGCUCUAUAGCUUCCAACAACACUUUGUUUCCUUUGUUCGCUGCUGCUUCCCCCCCCCUCCACACACACGGGUGUAUACUCACACAACGCUGUGUCCCGAAAUGUAUAUUGGAAUUGAUUAGGGCGGUUUUUCUCUCCCGUUCUUACGUAUUCUUCUUUCGGCUUCAAAUGCACGCGCCACGCCGCACGCAUGCGCUCCCUCGCCCCUUCGUCGCGUUAGACUCCACAGACGGCGAUGACCCGAGUCUCGCAUUGAACUCCUCGCCUGAGGACAGGCCGACGGCGCACAGAGGGCUGCGUAACUCACGCCGAAUCAACAAAGGAGGCGCACCAGUGCUGUCCUCGCUCGCCAAGCCAGCUCCUGCAUCUCCACACACGGCGCGCAACGCUGAAUCAACAGUGCUGGCACACAAGCAACGCACCGAUCACCUUUCCCCGCGAGCCAUGUGGUGUGCACCGACGCCGCGCCCUGUGCCCCUGCCGAAUCUUCUUCCUGCGGUGCCAACGUCGAGCGUCUCCCGUACUUCAAAGACGAUCGACGUUUCGCGCAACACCUUCCUCGCUCCCGUGGGAAGCGCCACCGACAAGAACGCUUCAACGUCCGUGGAUGAGGUGCAGGUGGCGGACAGGUCAGACGGCUACGGCGACGAGUACGUGCGACUCAUCUUUAACUCUUCACUCUCGAUGAACGAGUCCGCUGACGCUACGUCGUCGCCGCAUCAGCCGCAACGGCCGCAGCAACGACGUAGCACGACAGCAGCACCGACUGCAAAUCGGCUACCACCCGUGUUGCCCACCACGCACAGUAUCACAGACGCGCAGGCCACCGCGGUUCUGGCACAGUUGCCGGACCACCUUCCCUCCCGCGAGACGCCGCCAGCACCGCUUCCCACUGCUCCGACGGCUGCUUCAUCCACAGGUGCGCAGCAUCAGCAAGCGCUUUCCGCAGCGAAGGAGACGCCGUUGGCGUUGGCCGACUCACCGCAGCAGGAAGCCUGGUGGUCCACGCUGGACGGCACUUCCUCCGCUUACAACUCACUCCUCGGUACUGGGCACUGUCAUAGCGGGGCCAGUGCCGGUGCGGGGUAUCGAAACGUCCAUCAAACCACGCAGAGUCUUAACGACACCCUCGGCCGUGCAGACCGUGCGGCGAUGGUGCUGUCGAUGGACUACCCCAGACUCAGCUCCGAGGGCGUGAAGGCGGCGGAUCGGUCGUUGACUGGCGCGGCGUCUGCGGCGGCGUCAGUCGGCGACGCCACGCACGGGAGAGGAGACGCAGAAGCGGACCCUUCUGGAGAUCCGAUCACGGCGGCAGUGGCGACACUCGCCGCACGCCUCUCUCACGCUGCGGACAAGAGCCACACAGGCACGCUUAGCAACAACAAUAACAAUGUUGUCUUGGCGGAAAUCACCGCGAGUACGUUGGGGCGCCAGAACACGAUCCAAGAACUGCACGACACGCUACGUAUGACAGAAAUAAGUCGACUUGAUCCGCUGAAGCAGCAGCAGCAGCAGCAACUAUCGCCCAAUGUCGUACCUCUUGUGGAAGCGGCAGGUGAUGGUUGCAUAAGCCUCGACGACGCUUUUUCACUGGACGCACGCCAGCGCCUUCCGACUGCAGUCGGUGAUCGCCAUAACAUCCCACUUGUUUCCAUUGUAAAUCAACAACAACACCACACGCAGCAAACCAGCGGAGGCGAGGAGUCAGGGAACGCGGCAGGACUUGGGGGUGUUGGCAGCAGACGCACGCGCGACGCCCUCGCACGGCUGUACGCCAUACCAAAUGACGGCCCACCUGCGCCGCCCGAGGUGGUAGCAACGGCAGUCGCAACAGCACCGACACAGCCAUCGCGGACCCUGUCGUUUCUCAGUCGAUCCGGCCCUUCUUUUGCGGCGCCGGCACCACCGGUUUCCACUGACAACGCCAUGCGAACGAUGCCGUGGCAGUGCGAGGUGCUUUCCCGCGCAACAGUGGAGCGCCGUUACGGGCCGCUGGAGGCGGCGCACGCUGCACACCCCUCUCGCGCAUCCCGGAGGAAACAGCCGCCAGCGUCUCCACAUACACGCAGCUCAAGUCCUGUGCAUCGAGGCGCUGCUGGGUCUCGUACGUUGCCGAACCCGCAUCCGCAACAGCAACAACCGUCUUCCUUGACUUCGUCUUCGGUCUCCAGUGCCGUCUUCUCCUGUGUCUCGCUGUCCAGCUCUCUCUUCCUACGUGAAUUGGGCCACGGUGAGGCGCGUCGGAAGUCACACAUGGCAUUCCUCCACAAAACAAACGCGCUGUCUGCUCCAGGGCAAGGCACCGCACUCAACGUGACGCAUCUUCUUGACAAGAAUGGGGCGGCGAAGACGCUACAGAGUCAGCAGCAGCAGCAACAAACGCUGAAGGAAUGCGCGGCGGCGGAGGCUGCUGCCUCGUACCGACGGGAGCAGCAGCGUUUGUACGUCAGUCAACUCGCGACAGCAUCACGUGCGCUGGCCGGCGGCGACAACUCCAGUGACGCGAUUGAGCCGCACCUCGACGUCGAUUACCUCUUUUCUGACUUCACCCCCAGAGUUCGCGACUACACCGUCGUGUGCGCAGCAGCGAAGGUGCCGCAGGAGGACGGCGGUGGCCCAAAGACGAGCGGAGCCGCGGGGAAUGAGAAGGACGGCAGCGCAAAGGACGCAGAUGGCACCGUUGCAUCUCCCUCUUCUUCUACCCACUCCACUCCGCGAGACGCGCUGCAGGACGCGGUGCAAGCCCGUCAAGCACUGCUGCGCCGACACGUGCAGGAAAGCCCCUCCUGGGAUCGGCUGUUGCAUCGGGUGCGGCAGUGGUGUGACCGCACGCAGGUCAUGGUCCGCCUGGAAAACGGCGAAUGCGUUGAGCAGACAGGCGUGCGCCCACCGCCGCAGCUACUGCAGCCCUUGCCACGACAGCGAGAAUCACCAUUCCCUCUCACCACAGAGGCAGACUUUGCAAUGGACAGCUACAAAGACAACGGGGGCGAGCUGCCACAACAGCUGCAGCAGUAUUCCGUGUACGUCGACGACCCGGCGGUGGCCCACAACCUCGUCAUGCAGCAGCUCACCCAAGAAGCGGAGGAUAUCCAGCGAAAGAACGCUCUGCAGCGGUGCCGGCAGCGUCAACAGCAAUUGAGGGCUAAAAUGAACCAGUCCGCGCUGGGCGAGCCGGAGGCGUCCGAGCUGCCGUCAAAUAGCAGCAACAUCGCACCGAUAGAUCGUCUCGCUCUUGGAAACGGGCGGUCAGGCAGCACGGUGUCCACGUGGGCGAAGACGUCCACGGCGUCGUUGUUUGCGAACUCGGCGGGGAAUAACCUGACCCCCACCACGUCUCCGGAUGGGACUCCGAUGGAUCCCGCCCAUGUGACGUCCGCAUUCGACAGCACGCCGUCCACUGCGUUGCCGCCGCAUCAAGGUCUCCACGUUAAUACGCAAGACAACAGAAACGUUUUGCCCGUUAGCACGGUGGAUGGUCACGAGGAGCGUGGCGCUGCCCAAGCCGCGAUGCAGUCCGCCUUUAAGGAUUUUGCGACGCCAUUUAAAGCAUCUGCCGUGCAGGGUCCGUCGUCGCUGCACGCGGCUCUGUGCGCCAAACUCCAAACUUGGGGGGAGCCAGUGGAAGAGACUGACGAUGACGUGGACGCUGACGAUGAUGUGGGUGCCGAGCUCGUGCCGUCUGCAGAGGUGGGACAGAGGGAGUCGGCGGGGGCGCUGGUGCUGUGGGGAAAGGGCUCUGCGUGUCUAGCGGAGGACGAGAAGCGAAAAGCGAGCCACCGCAUAUCCUUUAUAUCCUUCACGAAGCAAGAUGACGUGGGCCAGGGACAACCGCCUGGCAAAAAAUCGCGAACGCAUUCUUUAAACUCCGGCUCCCGCCUGCUGUCAUUUCGUUUGUCGAGUGUAGAGAAAGAUCUCUUUGUGUUUGUGCUCACAUGUGGGAGCAGCAGCCAGACCACCAGCAGCGCGGCAGACAGCGGUUUGCUCUCGCUGCUCUAUAAUCCAGGGAGGCGGUCAAUGUGGAAACAGCAGCAGUGGCAGGCGCUGCUACAGCCGAGUGGCAUGAGGGAGGAUAACAGCAUUGUCGCGGCUUGGCAAGCAGGGAUUGCACUUCAGACGAUUCUGCGCGACGGACUCGGUGUGCCGCCGCUGCCCAAGAAGAACGACAGCGCUGUCGAGGUGCCGCGAGAAGGAGAACAGAUGCCACAGAAGGAGGGCAGCAGCGCUGCGUGUUCAGCGGCUCCACGGCCGUCUGUUCCGUGGGAGGCGUUGAUCACCGCCGCACUGGAAGGCUACAACGUGCUGGACCUUCGCUUCUUAAAGCACCUACAUGAGGCCCUGUGGACAUACGAAGUGUGGCGGCAACGUCAAGCGCUGGAGAAGCCCAUCGACGCCGAAGUGGCGAGUCGGCGGCUACCAGGUGUAACGAUUCUUCCGACUAGUACGACGACUGCGACUGCCGCGUGCAGCUCCACGAAGCCGCCACCCGUCUGCCCACUUACGCUUUACACCCCCCACCGGACUUCCAUCUUUUCCAUGGCAAGAAAAAGCGAGGUAGACGAAGGCGCAUGCGUGACACCACCGGCCUCCCUUGUUGGGUCUUCCGUGACCGUGGAUGCCGCAGAUUUGUUCUGCGCGCUCAGCACCACGUCGACGCUAGUCUCCUGGCUGCUCGCGGCCCAGCGGUCGAGUCCAACGAGCAGUUGGAUGGACAUCCUCGACGCGAUGCCCGCGCGGCAGCAGCAAGAAUGGCACUCUGUGGUGGUCGAGUGCUUAUCCGCAGCAGUGAAAGGAGCACCUGCGCCUCCUCCGUCCACCAACUCCCCCACCGACCUUCCCCUCUCAUCGCCGCCAUCGACACCGCAGACGACCUCCGCGUCCUUGCCAGCGCAACGAAAGGUCUCGCAGUCGCUCGACAGGGCCGCUGCAGCGCCGAUCUCCGCGUUCGCAUGCGAUGUGUCCGUCGCCGUGGCGGCCAUGCUGUGGCGUCAGCGUUUAUUUCAUGAACUACUCAAACGUAGCCUCGCCUUCGUGGAUGCAACCCCGGCAACAGCGAGCACCAACGAUGGUCGCGGCCUUCUCGCCCGCACCGAACUCUCCGCAUGCCCUGCACCGCCCGCCGGCCCAUUCCCUUGUAUAGGCUCUACCCCGUACCUACCGGACGAGGAAGGCCGCGUCACCUACCCGUUGGACAUGCGGAACGGCUACCUGCUGUCCUCGCUGGCGCGCGAGGACGUUGAGAACCGAAUCGUGCCUCAAUUGAAAGAGACGCGGCGGCAGUACGCGGAGGCGCUGCGCACGGCCCGUUCCGCGGCGGCCAGCGCCGUCACCACCGCGAUCAAAACGCCGACGGAUGUUCCUCCUGCGCCGCCCCCGAAAGCCUCCUCCUCGCUUCUUUUGGCCCUGCAGCAGCGCGUGCACCUGCAUCGACUCAUGCGGAGCGAACUGCGUUUUAUCUCGCUGCUAUCUUCUUUAUGGAGCCACGAGCAAACAAUUCGCGCGUUUAAUCAGCACGUGGAUGCCUUCAACGAGUUCCUUCGGGCGGAGCAGCAGCGCUGGGGCCCGCUGUACCGCAGCUCCCUCACUGUGGCCUACUGCGUGUGCGUGGAGCUGGCGGAGAAGAAGAUGGAGAACCUCUCACCGGAUUUGCUGCCGUUUGUCCCAGUCGUGGCCUCGUUUAUGGGCUGCCGAGGCGGGCACCGUGAGAUGCGCACAAAGCUGCGGUCCGUCAUGCUGGACCUGCUGGAGCGCGCCAAGAAGGCGGAGGUACACGUUGAUACGCCGCUGUGGCAGGGACAGCGGUCGCGGGUGCUGGCGGAGGCGGUGGCCGCAGCGCAACGCGCCCCGCGGCGUGCAGGAGCCGUGGUGUCGUGCUUGGCGACGGAGUCGGAUGUGGUCGCACUGCCGCUGACGGAGGUUGCCUUGCCUGCCGUCCAGCUGAAGAGUUCGCUGCCUCUUACGCCUCCUGGGAAUGAAUAGCGUUGCGGUGUGUGUGUGUGUGUGACACGCGUGCUGCGUAAAUACGGCCUGCACGACGGGCAAUGCCCGUUUUCUUUCCCUGUUUCUUCAAUAAAGGUACUGUAUGUCUGCGUGCUCCCUUUCGAUUGAUGCUGCAUCGCACUUGUCAACCACCUUCGCGAUGGGGUGCUGAUACUUAUUUCCUCUUCGUUUUUUAUUUAUUUCCUCUCCUCGUCGAACCGCAUGGUGCAUCUCUUGCAUG